AUGACCAAUCCAUCUAAUGGCGGUGCAUCCAAAGUGCUCGUGAAUGCUAGUGCUGGAAGCAAGGGAGCAGCCGGUGGAAAGAAGAAAUCUUUGCAGUCCAAAAAUGUUCCCGAUUCCCGUUCGUCAGCCCCGGGCGGACCGUCAGCGCCAGCAGCAGCAUCAUCGUCAACCACAACGUCCUCUGCCGGUGGCGGCUUUCAGUCGUUCUUCCGCUGGUUCCGUCGCGAUGAGUCACGGGCGCUCGCUCGUAGCACCAGCGGAUCCGAAGUCACACCGGAACUGCUUGACAGGCGCGUUCCUUGCCGGCAACGACAGCCACAGCCUCAGAGUCCGUCCUCAGCGACCCGACCAGGAGCGGCGACUCCGGUCGCUGUAAGCAACGUGAGCCGCGAGACGUCAGUAACGAGCAAUGGUACGCACAGUUCUUCGCCCAGCCCGGGGCCAGUGAUCGACUGUAACAACCUUUCGAAAAGUUCGAGCUGCGACAGCAUUCUCAGUACCGCCACGAACGGCUUUGCGUUCGUGCCACCGAAUUGCUACGAAGCGGUGCUGGCCGGUGCUCGCGUCCGGGAGCCACGCACGAUCCAACCGGGACCGUACACGGACAGCUACAAACGGCGCUGCUGGCAGCGCGAUUGUGCCCGAGAGCUCGAUCGAAAGAACGAGCUGACGCUGCGCAAAAAGUAUCGCCUCUUUGGCAGUUUGCGCGACAGUCCCAAAGCCACAGAUCAGCAGGACGCCACACUUACGCGCGCCAAUCAGCGGGCGGUCUACGCGGACCUUAGUCUGCCGACCGGUUGCAGCAAGGUCACCGGGGCGGCACCGACGGCCUGUGAACGGAGUGACGCAACGGACGACGAGCCGCACGUCGGUGAUCCCAACUUCCGGCGACAUCGGCGUACGGUAAGUGACAGCUCGAAGGAUCGACGAGCGGGUGCGUACGUGCACGUGAAGGGAAAGAGGAAAGCACCCCCACCGCCCCCUCUGACCCUGGACCCGCACGGUAGCGGUACGCUGACCCGAUCGUCCACGUCGACGAACUACUACGGCGGAACCCUGUCGCCCGGAUCGACACUCUCGCGUAAAAAACGACCCGCACCGGCACCACCGUUGGCGUCGUCGCCAACGCUCAACGAAGCAUCGUCGAGUACGAGUCUGCUGGAGGACCGGGAGAUCAAGGCGAUCAUCGAAGGACGACCACUUCCUGCCCGGACACCGCUUGGCGACCCGGACCCGAUCAUCAUGCCGUUCAUACGACCACUGUCGCCACUGCCCCCGGUCUCCGAGGAGCGCGCGCCACCCGGCGGACUGACGGAGGAGCAGAAGCAACAGUUGAUCGACAAUAUCCGCCGGGUUCAGGCGGUUCCCGGGCCACCGCGGCGAGAUGCAUGCGACGAUGUGAUGAAGAUGGAGGAACAGUUUAGCCGUACGAACGGAACUCGGUCGCCGAUCCACGACUACCUGUACGCGGAAGCGAUCGCCAGCUCCCGAGGGCCAGCGCCGGCGCCAACGACAGCGGCCGCUACACCUACUUCACCGAUCUCACCGAGACCGUGGUAUAAGCGUCCCAUCUCGGGCAUGCGGCAUCAGGAAAGUUCGCUGCCCUUUAAGCGUGACAUCAUUCUGAAAACGAUCGACAAGCGGAAGCACUCCUCGAAGGGGGACUCUGGUGACGCUGACCUGCCGGAGGUUGGCUACUGCCGGAACUCGCUGGUCGCUACCGGGUUGAUCGAAGGCGGAGGAGGUUCGCCUUCGUCUUCGCUCGGCGGAGGAGGAAAGUUUAAUCUGUUUUCUCGAAUCACCGAAAAGUCGGACGACACGAAGCGACGGGAACGGGACGCGGAAAAGCGCCGAUCCGCCAUCGGCAUUCCGAGCAUCAGCGAGCUGGAUCGGGAAGCGGCCGAGAUUAUACACAACGAAAGCUAUCGAAGCGGAGCCGGGGCCACCGAGAAGCCGCAGUCGACCAAGGAACUGAUAUCAAAGUUUGAGGCAACGAUCGUGCCGACAGUCGGCAAGGUAACGGUCAGCAGUACGUUCGUGGCGCGGCGAGACUUCUUUGGUGUGGUGGAACCACAGAAGGUAGUGGCGCCGGCGGACACGAAGAAAUCUUCGCCUUUACCGACCGUGGCGCCCCAAGUUACUGGCCCGAAGAACGAGCUCUCGAAAACGGGAAGCGAUAAGAACCUGCUGGGUCUGUGGAUGUGCCCGUACUGUACACUGGAGAACCCGAACUGGCGCAUCAUUUGUGAGGCCUGCGAGCGGAUUAAGCCGUACGACAGUAAGCUAAGCAUCCUCGAAGAACCACCGCUACACCCGAACCAUCCCCUAAGGCGUCCGAUUCCCGAUGCGCACCGCGCGAAGCCCCAGGUAAGCGGUGAGACUGGGCCCACCACGACGACGACGACGGGUGGGGACGCAUGGGACAAGAAGACGGAACAGGUGCUGAAGUACUUUAUGCCAAAACCAUCGCCAGGGCCGGCGACGAACGGUACGCUGCUGGUCGGUGUGGCCAACGCUGGAGAUGAUCGAGCCGCGGUCCUGGUGCCGCCGCCACAGAGAAAGACACCCUUUGGCCAAACGAAACUGCUGGCCUCGCCGAAGAUGGGCAUCAAGAGUUUGAUGAGCCGUGCCGUCGGUGGACAGGGCGACACGGCGGCGGCCGGCACAUCGUUCCGUAAUUUCAACGCCAUCCCCGAAGCCUAUCAGAAUGGCACCGGCGGCAGCAACAAAUUUGACGAUCAGAAGCUUAAGGAGAGCAAACCGAUGGAACGGGACAUGGGAAGCGUUGCUCCGCUGGCUUCACCAGAACCAACGGAGGACGGCGGUGCAGUGACCGUAAGCAAUCAUCGGAUGAACAUCGAAGAGAUACGGAACGCCCGGAUAGCGCGGUUCGGAGUGGCUCCGGACACGGACCGUGGCACUGCCAAACCGAAGGAGCAGCAAGACCAGGAAGAUCUCGAAAAGGAAAAAGAACGUCUACGGGAGAUGAUCCGCGCGAUGAACGCGAAGGCUCUGGCGGAGAAGUAUCCCGUGGUUCAAAAGCCACCGGUAGCGGCCAACACGAGCACGGGUGGCAGCGCCAACACCAGCACCACCAGCACCAUGAAACGAGACUCUCCGUUGGUGCAGCGCAAGAAUGGACUGACCUCCGGAAUACCGAUCAGCACGAAGAGCCUGAGUCCACUACCGCGGCGUAAGGGCGAAAGUCCUCUAUUGGCACGCAAAUCACCGGCUACCUCGGGCGCUAUCGAGGACCCGGGGACGAAAAAGGAACCCCUGACUGUGAGGGAACUGGCACCGGGGUUGUCUCCCAACACCGGGGCAAUCCGGAAAACAUCAUUCCCGAGACUGGGCCCGGAGCCAAUCGAGCACACUGAGGGUAAGAUCAUGAACCAGGACCAGCGAGCUGCUCCGUUCGGAACGAUUCCGGAAACGGUGGCCGAACUUAGUCAACCGCCGCCACCGCCGCCAGCAACCUUCGCCGCCGGUGGACCUUCGUUGGUGCUGACGAACGACAUUCAGGGAAUUCACUACGAGCCGAUGGAUGAGCAGCAGUACACACGCAGUACCACGCACCAGCAGCGAGUGGGCGAGAGUGCGAUUCCGCUGUCCCCGCGGUUACAGGAUCGCCACCGGAAGUCACUGCUCGAGAAGCAACAACAGCACGACGAACGCGUCCGACUGAUAUCGGAUCAGUUGCGAUCGCAACAGGGCGUCGAACGGUUCCGCAGUACCCUAGCUCUGGCCGGGUACCCGGGCAGCAACAUGGGCCGCACGGGUACGCUAGCACUGAACAAGCUGCUCCGCAAUCUAGAGCAGGCCAUCGGUGACGGUGCCCACGAUCGAGCGGCCGAGCUGGCGAUGGAUUUGGCAAAGAUGAAGGUCUCACUUUCCGUCACUCGCCAGUCUCCGCAGGGCGCCGGGUCGGAACGUCUGAACGUCUACAUCGACGAUAAGAUGUCUCACAAGGGACCGCUGCGCAUGAAGAUGGCCGCCUUCGGUACCUUGGGGCAGCUAAAGCAGAAGCUCUGCAACGACUAUCAGCUACCGGUGGCGGUGCAGCGUUGGCGCUGGGACGAUCGUCCGCUGGAGGAGGAUGCCAAAACUCUGUUUGAUUACGGGAUUCAGACGAACGAUCAGACUCUGCACGUUUACCUGGUUCAACCGGCGCCCACCGGUGGACAAGCGAUUGUCGAUCGACAAGCAAUGCCGCAGCAAACUUUCAGCAGAGCCGAAGCAAAACUGCUGUCCGUGUCUUCCGAGUCAUCCGACGGAGAGCAUUCGGAUACGCAGAAUGACGAUACGGUUCUGGGUGCCGCCGCGUUACCGGUGGCCGCACCCAGGGGUAAACUGAAACCAGAACCAAUUCUAGAGGAACCAGCCAGUCAAGAAGGAUGGGUGUGUCCGAUGUGUACACUGAUCAACGAACCUCAGCGGCCUGGUUGCGCCGCCUGUUCCGGGGCCCGACCGUCAGCCAGAAGAGUGCAACCGUCCAUCACAGUCACGCCGGAAGAUUUGAAACGAUUUCUGGACGAACAACCACCACUCGGUCCCGGUCGAGUCCAAACGACGACGACGACUACGACGGUUCAGCUGCGAAAUCCUCCGCCAGAAACGCGCAACGAUCUUAAUCGAAUCUCGGCGAACCGCAAGUCGUCUGAGAUUUUCAACAUUCUGCUGGACGAAAGUAAAGCGGUGUCCGCGCAGCCGGGUGCGCUACCUAGCCCUGCGCCAGUUCCGAAACCUCGCACCACCACCACGCCCGGGGAUCUCGUACGUCCGGUGCACAUCCAGGUGCCGGAGCAGAGCCGAAUCGUGAUGACGGCUUUCACGUCGCACCGCAGCCCAAACAUUACGCGCAGCCAGUACCGGGGGGUGGAUAACUUUAAUCCCAACUCGAGCGGACUCAGCAAACCGGAACGACCGAUCAUCAGCACGGCCAGUCCGAUCGUGCGGGCGGUGCUACUGAAGCAGAGCCACGCAGAGCGGACGCAGUCCGCCGUGAAUGUGCGCUUCGGGCGCAAUGGGCUCGCACUGCCAGAGGACGGCACGGAAGUGUUGCCCAACCACUACACGGAACUGGUGAACCUCGACAAUGCCGAUCUGAUCGCGAACAUCGAACCGUUCGAGUGUCCGAUCUGCUUCGGAGCGUUCCAGCCGUACGAGGGUAUCGUGCUGCGGGAUUGUCUGCAUUCGUUCUGCAAGCAGUGCCUGAUCAGCACCAUCCAGUACGGCGAGGAUGCGGAAAUACGCUGCCCGUACAGUGAUACCGUGUACAGCUGUGAGAGUGUGAUACAGCAACGGGAAAUCAAAGCGCUGGUCAGCAAGGAACUGUACGAGGCGCAUCUGGCCAAAUCGAUCCAGCAAGCGGAAAGCACGAUCGACAACACGUUUCACUGCCGAACGCCCAACUGUCGCGGUUGGUGCAUCUUCGAAGACAACGUAAACCAGUUCAAGUGUCCAGUUUGCACGAUCGUCAACUGUUUAACUUGUCGGGUCAUACACGAUGGACUCGACUGUAAGCAGUACCAGGACCGAAUGAACAGUGACUGUGAUACUAACUUAGAAGCAAGACGCACCAAAGCGAUGCUGCAGGAGAUGGUCGAGAAGGGAGAUGCCCUGAACUGCCCAACCUGUCAGAUUGUGGUAACGAAGAUUUCUGGUUGUGACGGGAUCACGUGCACCAUGUGCAAAACCGAGAUAUGCUGGGCAACGCGUGGACCGCGCUGGGGACCAGCCGGCAAAGGCGACACUAGUGGCGGUUGCCGCUGCGGCUUUGAUGGAAUCAAGUGCACCCCACAGUGUAAGAACUGCCAUUGAUGUUAUGCAAAAAUAUCAAUAUUUCAGUUACAACGAAAAGAAUUUAUGUUACACUGACCGAUAA